CGAAUUCGUCAUCUCUUUAGGGAAUUGUUGCAUGUAAAAUAUGCGAUAAGUGAUCAUUGCAGAGCUCUGUUCUCGUCUUUGCCCUUAUAAUACGAACUAUAUCUAAGAGACUGGUAGGGAUUGCUUGUCCUCAGACCAACAAAACUUAGCCUACGCCUUUUUCGUGGUGAAAAUGGGCUUCUUUAACGUUUUGCUGGUGCUGGCAGUUGUAUCUCAGAGUGCAGUCACUCAAGCUGCAAACAACGAAAUCAGCUCAAAUGACGACGCGUUGUUGGGUCUUACCAUCGCCUUCUUGGUGCUGUGUGCCGUCAUUCUAAUCGCUGUACUUGUCAUGGUGCCGAUGGUCAUUAAGAAGUCAAAGGAACAUAAAACAGAAGUGGGCAAUUCCUACACGUUUGGACAAGCUACGUAUGACGAUGAGUUGGCGUACGGCGCCAAGUACCACUCUACCAUCAGUAUGGGCGCCAUUUAUCUGCCGGAGGAGAACGGCCACGCACCGGAGCACGUGUACGUGGAUGGCACUCAAGGCCAGCAGAACGGUGGGCAGAACGUGAAGCCCAACGGGACACAAAUGUCUUCAUUCAGCAACGCAGCUUACGACACCACAGUACAGUAAAAAGCCCUGCUCAGGUCGAAUGCUAAUCAAUUGACGAAAUUAAGGAAAUCUCACCCUUCUCUAUAAAAAUUCAUAUUAAUAUUAAUGUAUUAAAAUAUAAGAAUAGGGAUUACAUCAUUAAUCGAAAUCUAUACUUUCAUGCUUUGCUUAUAAUGAUAAUGAUGAGUCAGUAGCAUGCUUCCCGUCCUUUGUUUAUUUACACAAUGACACUGUGAAAUAAUAAUAUUAAUAAUAAUGAGUGUGAUAAAAAUAAAAUGAUGUUCUCUG